CUCUUCAUUCACUGCCCUCUGGCGUACAACAAAAGGACGGCUUCGUUCGGUGCAGUAAUUGAUUUAACCAGUCUGUGUUUACACGCUUGUCUGAUAAAACCGAGCUUGUUUGGUUGCGAGCUAUUUCGUGCUUCUCUUUGUCUGAGCUUCGGUCGGGCGUUCGACAGACCGUGGCUAAAUUUUCGCCCUUCUUCGGGAGUGAUUUCUUUAAGUUGAGGUGAAAAAUUCGCGAGUGGGUCAGAGAAGAAAAAAACGGAAAAGAAAGAAACACAGGUGUUCCUUCAGCUACCUGUGUACUACCUGUGUGUAUGUGUGUGUCUAGCUUUUCCGUGAUGUGUUCGCAUCGAUUCGUAGACAGUAUCAGUCGAGAGCCGAUGACUGUUGAUGUCUAACGCUAGAAGAUAACAACCGGAGAGUAGUUUUCGUGCUGUAUUCAUUAUCGUUUUUUUAAAAAGGAGUAUAACGUACAUAGCUGGUCUCAACAACACAAAAUGGUUGGCGUUUCGCCGCUUGGCUACCACAGCCUUUUCCUUCUCCUUUCUUUCAUACUGACCCAGAUUGUUUUAACCACCGCUAACACUGCUUUCUACGCGGACAACGGACUACAGCAGACGGUUUUAAUACCCAAAUUACCUGGGCGGGAGAAACGGGAAAUGCAACAGGAGAUAUUAACCCUUUUGGGGCUACACCACCGACCCAAACCGAAGACUCAAGGCAAAGACGACUCUGCGCCCAAGUUCAUGAUAGACUUGUACCGGAAGUUACAGACGGACGCCGGGGAGCCGCUGAUCGGGGACGACGACAUCCACUUCCACAGCCGCAACGACACCACAGCCGCUGACGUCAACAUGAACCUCUUCGACGGUUCUGACGUCAUCAUGAGUUUCGUCAAUCAUGAAAAAAAACCAGAGCGUCGGGUUCGGCAGUUGUUCAGGUGUCACAGGCAUAGAAAACGUCUUUCAUCAACGUUUACAAAGCACGGAUACACAGCACUUUGCAGGCGCUCAGUUGGGAAAGUCCCGUACCUGCGUCACGAGAGAGACCGGACGUUCUUCUUCGACUUCAGCGAGGUGUCCACGGGAGAGACGGUGUCUGGGGCUGAGUUGAGGAUCUACAAGGACAGGUCCAAGAGAUUCGCGGGGGAGAACCUAAGGAUCGAGAUAUUCCGAGUCAAACAAGGCAGGGAUCCAGAGGACAAGAUCCUGCAAUCAGAAUCGAACAUGACCGUGUCAGGUGACUACUCCGGUUGGCUGGCUCUGAACGUGACGUGUGCGGCGGAACAGUGGACGGACUUCCCUAGAACAAACCUCGGCCUGUACAUGCGCAUUAUAGACAGGAAAGGUCGUGAAAUUGAUCCCCAGAAGAUCGGAAUCGUCAGUAAGAAGGGGCCGAUUGACAAACUUCCGUUCAUGGUGGGGUUCUUCCGGAUGACAAACGAGCUGCACGUGCGGCGCACGCGCUCUGCGCGCAGACGACAGAACUCGGAAGUGUCGUAUAACGACGAGCCGUAUUACUCGUACAGUAAAAACUCAUACAGCCGGCCUAGACAAACGGUUUGUCAACGAAAAACACUUUACGUCAGUUUUCGAGAUCUUGGCUGGCAGGACUGGAUUAUCGCCCCUGACGGUUACUCCGCAUUCUAUUGCGAGGGCGAGUGCUCGUUUCCUCUGGGGACGCACAUGAACGCCACAAACCACGCUAUCGUCCAGACCCUGGUACAUCUGAUGGACCCGUUCCUGGUGCCCAAACCGUGCUGUGCGCCCACCAAACUGAGCGCCAUCUCGGUGCUGUACUUCGACCACAACUCAAACGUGGUCCUCAAGAAGUACAAGAGCAUGAUCGUCAAAGCGUGUGGCUGCCAUUAAAAGUCAUUCCUCAUGUCACGUGGUAGCGGCAUAUUUAAAGCCGCAGACCCUAGUUUCAACCCAUGAAAAUGGACAUUAAAACUUUGGGGUUAAAUUUACGUAGAGAAUAACUAGUUAAUGUCGCCGGAUGUCUGCUUUAUCCUGUGAAGGUAAGAAUGGGAAAUUCUGCGAGGCCCUGUCGAAGUAGUUUAAUGUGUGUGACGUCAAAUGAGUGACGUCAAAAGUCAUAUCCUGCUAGUAGCAGGAUUUGACGUUGCUUUAUCCGUCAUCAUAUUCUGUCAAUAGAAACGGUGGUUUGCAGGAUACAAACCUGUAACACAUCUGGAUAAAGUUACGAGAGAGUCUGUGAUGUUGAAAAAGGGGGAAUCCCACCUCUUAAAAUAGAUUAAAAUCGCAGAGCCUUGUUUUUCAACCCAUGAAAACGAUCACUAAGUUUGGUUCAUCUACAAACCUGUAACACAUGUAGAUAAAGUUACAAUAGAGUGAAACGGGAAAAUAUCCUUUAAAAUAGACUUGGAGCUCGACUCCAUAAUCGAUGCCCCAUAGAGGUACGUGCGUUUUUAGAAUUGUUUUUUAGAAAUGCAAACACAAGGAUGACUUGAAACACUUAGUAUGUACGGAAAUGGACAAAUCUAGACCAUAAAAUGCAAUUUAAAUUGUCAUAAACGACUCUUUAUAGUGAAAAAUUUGUCGUGUUUAGAAACUAGGGUCUGUCUCUUUAAACUAAAUGAGUGUACCGGGCACUAUAGACAGAGGAACUUGUUACUUCACGGAGAUUGAAACAAAAGAUAACGACCGUACGAUUUUGCUUUUUCUUAAAAGAAAACAGCAUUGAACCGAAUCUAAAGACUGUGAUGAGGAAUUUAUUAACACCCAUUUAGUACUACUUUGGUACGUUUUCUGCUGCUUUUGAAGCAGUUUUCAAACCACAGUUUGGGUUCCCGAAUAACAUUGAUUAUUAAAUGUUGACCAGAACGACAAAACAAAUAUCGCAAUUAGUUUUAUAAGAUAAUUUAAAUAGAUCGGAAGAACUAUACAGUGAUGCAGGUAAAUAUUGUGUUCGAAAAGUAAGGAUUGUGUUGUUAGUGUUUUCCUGUACAUAAUAACAUUGCUUACAGUUAUAUUUAAAAAAAAAUUAAAGUGACUUUUAAAAAGUCCCCAACCUAUCCCGGCUUCGACGAUUCAGUUUAUAAAAUGUUAUGAAAAUAAAGAAGUGUGCCCUGAUUUGAAUAGCUUUAAUACAAAAAUAUUUUUCAAUACCUCUUUUUAUAGAAGUGUUGGAAUAAGCCUAUAUUUUUUCAUCACCUCUACUGUAGCAGCUUUUGGGAAUCAAGAAUCAUUGUUGCAGAAUUGUUUUGCAAGUGGACAAAACAAAAUGUACCUCACUUCUAAGAACAUUAGCCGUUUCUGAUUGUACUACAUAAAGUAAGAGUAUGUUAUUUCAUGGAUGUUCCAGACUUUAUGUUGUGAUGAUGUCGCUUCCCAAAAUGACGUCAUUGGUUGUCUUGAUCUAUAGACCAAUUUUAUUGUUUCUCGUCCUGCAAGGUGAACUGACAAGAGUUUAGCUCCACGACAGAAAUUGUGUUCCCGUGAAAUUGAAAGCUGUUGUAUGAACUAAUACCAGCAUUGAAGACAUUGUUUUGACUAAAGAGGAAACCAGUAUUGUUCAUUUGAUCAAAUGUGAAAGACAUUGUACAUUUUUUCAAAUGCCUGAGAAUGAUUUUGGUGGCAUUUUUUGUUAAAUGUAUAUUGUCAUCAUAAAAACAUCCUGUGGUA